AUGCCUUCCAGGAAGAAUCUGCCGCCGUACGAGUUGGGUCAGGGCCAACAAAGGAAGAAAAAAGUUUUUAACACAAAGAAUGUGACCAAUGGAGCUUGUUCGCCACUCACACGGACCGUUGCGAAUGAGUCGCUUCUUGCCACCGAGGGUGAAAAGAAUGCGACGUCGAAGAGCCUCUACGGGGAUCCCGCCGCACGCAUUUCAAGCAAUUUAUAUAGCAUUAGCGAUCGAAUUCGCCUACGCGCAUACCAGUCUGUCUUGAAGGGCAUCAAGGGGAAGUCGUUGCUUCACAUUGGGUGUGGAAUGGGACUGAUAUCAUUGAUGGCAGCACGUAAUCUAGCAUCGGCUGUUGUGGCGAUUGAUCACUCAGCCAUCGUUGAUGCAGCACAGGUGGUGGCAAAACAAAAUGGACUUCAGAACAUUAGUUUCUUUCGUGGAUCUCUGCGUGAAAUGAUGGGAAAUUUUCCCGUAAAGAAGUUUGAUGUUAUUUUAUGCGAAUGGAUGGGUACAUUUCUCGUCAACGAUCCGCUUCUGGAGGAUGCUCUUUUUGCUCGGGAACAUUUACUUGCAGAGAAUGGCGUCAUGUGUCCGGAUGGUUCGUCUAUUCACAUUGUUGGUGUCAGUGACUAUGCAUUUUAUCUGGACACGGUGGAAUAUUGGAGUAACGUCUAUGGCUUUAAAAUGGAGCCGAUGAAGGGACUUGUAAGACAAGAGGUUGAAACUUGCGCUAUUCCUGCCUCAAAUAUUGUCACGAGUACUUCUUUGAUUCACACUGUCAAUAUAACAGAAUUUAGGGAUGCCGAUAAUAAAGACGCAGAUGAAAGUGGUUUUACGGUCCCAUUCAGCGUGAGGGCAACGCGUAACACCACAGUGAACUAUCUAACGUUUUUUGUUGACGCCACCUUCACAAAUCCACAUGAUCCUGGCGCCAACUUUGUUAUUGGCAUUCGUCCCGGCGGUAACAAUGCCUGGACGGAGACAAGUGUUGGACUGCCUCAACCCCUGCCACUUAAGUGCGGUGAGACGCUCUCCGGUGAGUUGCGGGUGCGUGUGUUGAAUAGAGAACGGGGCGUGACGUUGGUUGAGGUGACGGCGCAAACCGAUGGUAAGGUGCUGGCAGAGAAGACAACAGGAUCGUAUACGUACCAGCGCUUCUAA